AAUAACAAGCCCGCAAUUACUCAAUCACAACCUUGCCGCUAAACUCCAAUCAACAACCAGAGGUGGAGCUAGUGACUUUCGUCGAGUUUGAAAGAAGCGUCGUUGAUCGAAGAAAAGUGGAGAAGAAUGUAUUCGAGGCAGCAUAUGUCUCUUCCAAAUCCAUCUUCUUCCCAUUCAAUCGACAAUAUUCUCGGAUUGAGAGAACAGGAGAGGCUGAAUAGAGAGAAAGGAAACGAAAUGCACAGUGAUAAAAUGGCUGAUGAUGCAUUAAAUGAUGAUCACUCGGAUAAAAAGAAACAUCGACGGAAUCGAACAACGUUUACGACUUAUCAGCUGCACGAGCUUGAAAGAGCUUUCGAAAAAUCGCAUUAUCCCGACGUCUAUAGCCGCGAAGAAUUGGCGCUUAAGAUUAAUCUGCCUGAAGUUCGGGUUCAAGUGUGGUUCCAAAACCGGCGCGCCAAAUGGCGGCGGCAGGAGAAAUUGGAGACGGCCAAUAUAAAAUUGAACGAAAACUAUCCCAUGGCUACUUUGCAGUCUCGUCCCAGCACGUCUGGAUUAAGUAGUAGUCUACCACUGGAUCCAUGGAUAGCGGCACCUAUUAUGGGAUCACAUUUCUCUCAUCAAUCCUUCAUGACGGCACCCACUAGUGUCUAUUCGAUUCCAGUUUCAAAUACCGACUGCAAUUCAAGUGUAGCUGCCCUACGAAUGAAGGCCAAAGAGCAUUCUGAUAGUUUACAGUCGAUUGUUGGCCAUUGAACACCUUCUUUCCUAAUAAAUCUAUAACUAGUGUGCGCGUAUAUUCAUUUAUAUAUUCAUAUAUACUGUAUAUGCAUAUAUACAUGUG